GAGUGGAGGCCGCCGCCGCCGCCGCCGCCGCACUUCCUGGGACCGCUGCGCCGCAGUCCGCGGGCAGGUGGCGGGUGCGCCCGGCUGCAGUCGCCCGGCUCUGGCCCCCAUCGGGCCGCGGGCGUCCGGGCUCCAGAGGCCGCCUGGCUGGGCGCCCGGUGCCUUUUGUCUGGCGCAGAGCCGGCGUUUGCAUCACAUUUCGGAUACCUCCCUCUCUUUUUUCGCCUCUCCUUCUUACUCCCGCCACCGUCCCCCCGCCGGACUGCUAGCCUCCUAGACCAAAGCCCGAGGACGUCUCUGCCCGAGCGAUGUCCCCUCUCCAGAAAGUUGCCGCCGCCGCCGCCGCCACAGCCGCCGCUGGGCGGUGAAACAAAGUCUGGCGGGGCCGCCUCCCUGUGCAGGAGCGCACCAGUGCCUAGCGGCUGGACUCCGCUGCCGGGCGUCCCGCCUUCUCCCGGGGAGCCCGAAACGCGCCAGGCCAUGGCCGAGGGCGCGGCCGGCAGGGAGGAUCCGGCGCCGCCUGACGCGGCGGGGGGCGAAGACGACCCCCGAGUGGGCCCGGAUGCCGCCGGGGACUGCGUGGCGGCGGCCUCUGGGGGCCGGAUGAGGGACCGUCGCAGCGGGGUCGCACUGCCGGGCACCGCGGGGACCCCAGCGGACAGCGAGGCGGGCCUCCUGGAGGCGGCACGGGCGACCCCUCGGCGCAGCAGCAUCAUCAAGGAUCCUUCAAACCAAAAAUGUGGUGGAAGAAAGAAAACGGUGUCUUUCAGCAGCAUGCCAUCGGAAAAGAAAAUUAGCAGUGCAAAUGACUGCAUCAGCUUCAUGCAAGCUGGCUGUGAGCUGAAGAAAGUCCGGCCAAAUUCUCGCAUUUACAACCGUUUUUUCACUCUGGACACAGACCUCCAAGCUCUUCGCUGGGAACCUUCAAAGAAAGACCUCGAGAAGGCCAAGCUUGAUAUUUCUGCCAUAAAAGAGAUCAGACUGGGGAAAAACACGGAAACAUUUAGAAACAAUGGCCUUGCUGACCAGAUCUGUGAGGACUGUGCCUUUUCCAUACUCCACGGGGAAAACUAUGAGUCUCUGGACCUAGUUGCUAAUUCAGCAGAUGUGGCAAACAUCUGGGUGUCUGGGUUACGGUACCUGGUUUCUCGAAGUAAGCAGCCUCUUGAUUUUAUGGAGGGCAACCAGAACACACCACGGUUCAUGUGGUUGAAAACAGUGUUUGAAGCAGCAGAUGUUGAUGGGAAUGGGAUUAUGUUGGAAGACACCUCGGUAGAGUUAAUAAAACAACUCAACCCUACUCUGAAGGAAGCCAAGAUCAGGUUAAAGUUUAAAGAAAUCCAGAAGAGCAAGGAAAAACUAACCACCCGUGUGACCGAAGAGGAAUUUUGUGAAGCUUUUUGUGAACUUUGCACCAGGCCAGAAGUGUAUUUCUUACUUGUACAGAUAUCUAAAAACAAAGAAUAUUUGGAUGCCAAUGAUCUCAUGCUCUUUUUAGAAGCUGAGCAAGGAGUCACCCAUAUCACCGAGGAUGUGUGCUUAGACAUCAUAAGGAGAUAUGAACUUUCUGAAGAGGGACGUCAAAAAGGGUUUCUUGCAAUUGAUGGCUUUACCCAGUAUUUAUUGUCAUCAGAAUGUGACAUUUUUGAUCCUGAGCAAAAGAAGGUUGCCCAAGAUAUGACCCAGCCAUUAUCUCACUACUAUAUCAAUGCCUCUCAUAACACCUAUCUAAUAGAAGACCAGUUCAGGGGGCCAGCUGACAUCAAUGGGUAUGUUAGAGCUUUGAAAAUGGGCUGUCGAAGCAUUGAACUCGAUGUAAGUGAUGGUUCCGAUAAUGAACCAAUCCUUUGUAAUAGAAAUAACAUGACAACACAUGUUUCCUUUCGAAGUGUCAUAGAGGUAAUAAAUAAAUUUGCCUUUGUUGCUUCUGAAUACCCACUCAUUCUUUGCUUGGGAAAUCAUUGCUCCUUGCUACAGCAGAAGGUAAUGGUUCAACAGAUGAAAAAGGUCUUUGGCAAUAAACUCUAUACCGAAGCACCUUUGCCCUCAGAAUCCUACCUCCCAUCACCAGAAAAAUUAAAAAGAAUGAUCAUUGUGAAAGGAAAGAAGUUGCCUUCUGAUCCAGAUAUGUUAGAAGGAGAAGUAACAGAUGAAGAUGAAGAAGCCGAAAUGUCUCGAAGGAUGUCGGUAGAUUACAAUGGUGAGCAGAAACAAAUCCGACUCUGUAGGGAGCUCUCUGAUUUGGUAUCUAUUUGUAAAUCUGUUCAGUACAGGGAUUUUGAACUGUCUAUGAAAAGCCAAAACUAUUGGGAAAUUUGUUCAUUUAGUGAAACAGAGGCCAGCCGCAUUGCAAAUGAGUACCCAGAGGAUUUUGUUAAUUAUAAUAAGAAGUUCUUAUCAAGAAUCUAUCCCAGUGCCAUGAGGAUCGAUUCCAGUAACUUGAAUCCACAGGACUUUUGGAAUUGUGGCUGUCAGAUUGUAGCAAUGAAUUUUCAGACUCCAGGUCCAAUGAUGGACCUUCACACGGGCUGGUUUCUUCAAAAUGGGGGAUGUGGUUAUGUUCUAAGGCCGUCUAUCAUGCGAGAUGAAGUUUCUUACUUCAGCGCAAAUACAAAGGGCAUUGUACCUGGGGUGUCUCCUCUAGCUCUUCAUAUCAAGAUCAUCAGUGGUCAGAAUUUCCCAAAGCCCAAGGGAGCUUGUGCCAAAGGGGAUGUCAUAGAUCCCUAUGUGUGUAUAGAGAUACACGGAAUUCCAGCGGAUUGUUCGGAACAAAGAACUAAAACUGUACAGCAAAACAGUGAUAAUCCUAUUUUUGAUGAAACUUUUGAGUUCCAAGUAAACCUACCUGAGCUGGCCAUGAUCCGUUUUGUUGCUCUGGAUGAUGACUACAUUGGGGAUGAGUUUAUAGGGCAAUAUACGAUACCAUUUGAAUGUUUGCAGCCUGGAUAUCGGCAUGUUCCCCUGCGCUCUUUUGUGGGUGACAUCAUGGAGCAUGUAACCCUUUUUGUCCACAUAGCAAUAACUAAUCGAAGUGGAGGAGGAAAGGCACAGAAGCGCAGUCUUUCAGUGAGAAUGGGGAAGAAAGUUCGGGAGUAUACCAUGCUCAGGAAUAUCGGUCUUAAAACCAUUGAUGACAUCUUUAAAAUAGCAGUUCAUCCAUUACGAGAAGCCAUAGAUAUGAGAGAAAAUAUGCAGAACGCAAUCGUGUCUAUUAAGGAACUAUGUGGACUCCCUCCAAUUGCCAGUCUGAAGCAGUGCCUGUUAACUCUGUCAUCUCGGCUCAUCACCAGUGACAAUACUCCUUCAGUCUCACUUGUGAUGAAAGACAGCUUUCCUUACCUGGAGCCUCUGAGUGCAAUUCCAGAUGUGCAGAAAAAGAUGCUGGCUGCUUAUGAUCUGAUGAUUCAAGAGAGCCGGUUUCUCAUAGAAAUGGCAGACACAGUCCAGGAAAAGAUUGUACAGUGUCAGAAAGCAGGGAUGGAGUUCCAUGAAGAACUUCAUAAUUUGGGGGCAAAAGAAGGCUUGAAGGGAAGAAAACUCAACAAAGCAACUGAGAGCUUUGCUUGGAACAUUACAGUAUUGAAGGGCCAAGGAGAUCUGUUGAAGAAUGCCAAGAAUGAAGCUUUAGAAAACAUGAAGCAGAUCCAGCUGGCAUGCUUGUCCUGUGGACUGAGUAAAGCCCCCAGCAGCAGUGCUGAGGCCAAGAGCAAGCGCAGCCUGGAAGCCAUAGAGGAGAAGGAAAGCAGUGAGGAGAAUGGGAAGCUGUGACUGGGCGUUAUUGACACAUUCACCCAUCUUAUCAAGGACUCUGGUUUCUCAUUCUUGUUUUCUUUCUUUAAAUGUUUUAGAAGUUCACAAAAUGAUGCCCUCUAUGGGGUAUUGGAUAUAGAUCUUUUCACAAUGUCAGUAGUUUAGUGUAGUUAAUUUAUCUAAAUUAAAGCCUUUAGUAUCAGUAUUUUAAAUUCUGAGACAAGUGUCAACACCCCUGUGUGGAUGCCUGUGGAAGAGGGUAUGUGUGUGUGUGUGUGUGUGUGUGUGUGUGUGUGGGUGUGUGGCAGAGAGAGAGAGAGAAAUUCUGUUACAAUGUAUUCCGUGUUGCAUUAUUCAUUUAGUGAGUUAUUCCUUGAUCAUUUUGGGACAAUUGUGUUCAUCUGAAAUUCUGAAGAGCACUUACUGUAACCUGCCGCUGUGUUUAAUUUUACUUCUCUGCCUUUGACAUUUAAUUUAGUGAUCAUAGCAUAGCUUAUUAUUGAAGGAAGCCAAAUUUAUCAAAGCAUAGAUAUUUUGGUAGAUUAAAAUAUAGAUUAGAAAAAUUCCUAAGAAUCAGAGUAGAAAUAAAAGUGAAUGAAAGAUUAAACAGAUGAUCAGAAUUUCUAGAAAGAUUAGCAAAGUCAUUUAUUCAGUUAGAAAACUUUAAAACAUAUUUAUUAAAUAAAAUCAAAUUUUAGGAAGUUUUCUGUAGUCAUUUACUAAGCAUAUGUCACUAGAAAAGCUGAUCAUAGGUGAAUUUAUACCUACCUGUGUGGUACUCUGAAACACACUGAAAGCUCUGUUGCAAUUAGGAUUUUGAUGUGACAAUAAUAUUGUUGUAUAAUUUCAAGAUUUGUAGGAAGGUCUCAUUCUUCCAAACUGAGAGUCUAGCACUCAUUUUCUGUAACAGAUAUGGCAGCUUAGAGGUCUUGGCUUUAUUUGGUUGUAAUUUAGGGUACUAAAUUUAAAUUUAAAGAUAUUGUUCAAAGAAUAUCAUGUCAUCACAUUGAGCUGAUAUAAAUUCUAUGGGUCAGAUAAUAUCUUUGUGAUAAUUGAAGAACUAACCAUUUACUAAACAUCUAUGAUAUAACCCUAACACACGCAGAAAAGCAUAUGUGUAAAAAGAAAUGACAAAUUAGGGUACAUUUAUAAUUGCAUCUAGAUAAUUUUUACCCUAAUGUCUUCAUAAAGUACUUGAGUGUAAUGUUUGUUACCUCCAACAGAACUAGAUGUUCUAUGGUUAUGAAAGAAUAUAUUUAUUUAAAACAUUGCUUUUAUUUUGAAAAGCUUCUUAAUUAAUUUGAUUAACAAAUAUGCUAAUUUGGGGAAACCUAGAGAAGAUAAUUGUUGAAAUUUUGCAAAUAUAAACAUCUCCUAUAGCUUCUGUGUUAAGUUAUUUCUGACUUCUUAACACUAUUACGUUCAUGUUGCACAUUACUGAAAGAGUAAAGAUAUGAUAAAAACACUUAUUGUUUUCUUUUAUUGCAAAUUGAAAAAGCAAAGCUAAUGAAAAUGGGUUACUACAUCAAAAAUGUCUUAAAGAGUUUGCUAUUUCCAUGGACCAGAUAUGAUGAAAUUAUUCCCUGGGUUUAAAACUGGGCACUCGAGGAGGAGGUACCUGAAGUCAUUUGAAGGCAAGUUUCCAAUGAUACUACAAUGACCUGAAAAAAUUUAUUUACCCUCUAUUAUAUUUAACUUGCUGGUGGGAGGAAUAGUGGAAUGCAGUUGUUAAGCCCUUUGUGGUGAAAAAGAGGUUCUAAAGACAGAAACAAAACCCACCUCACAUCAGCUGAUUGGUUGAUUUGACUAGUGUACCUCUUCAUCUACUUGAAUUCCAUUUGGAAAAUCCAUGUCUUUACUGGAUAUACAGUUAGGCGGGAAGAGAAGAUAAAGGAUGGCAAAUGCUCAAACGAUAUUUAUACAUUUAUUUACUCCAGAGUCAAAUCCAAUCCUUGGAAGUAGCUUCCCUAGUUUGUUUUAUUUGUCCUAGAGCUCUACUCACACUUAGGACCUACCCAACACUUCUCGAAAACAUAACAUGGAUUCUGCCUCAUCUGAUGCUACUGCUGGCAGUGGGUCGUCAGCCAUACUCUGCUUCAUUCCACUGGGUGUCCUUGCUAGAUGAGGAGUGAGAUGUGGAACAAGGAGGAGCUUUGGAUUCUGGGAGUGGAGCAG